AUGCGCGCGCAGCGCGGGGCGUUGGUCGUGACCGCUGGGGGGAAAUCUAUCGGGUGCACGCUCGGCGGGACGCGACGUAAACGCGCGCGCACGAGCGGGUUUCGCACGCGCAUCGCGAGCGCGUCGGGGCGCAAGGUGCUCAAGAACCGCCGGGCGAAGGGUCGGAAGGUUUUAGCGCCCGCGGGGGCGGUCAGGGGGUGGAACAAGGAGAAGAAGUAG